CACUCCCUCCCCUGCCACAAACCUACACCCUCGCAGGCAUGGGGUUCACAUGGCACACCGACGAGCGCAGCUGCAGCAAUCGCUACAACAGAAUGGCCAAAUCAAAGUCGUGUCAACGCUGUCUGAUCUGCUGUGGUUUGUUGUGCGUCGCGGGUAUCAUUACUGUUUGCAGCUUAUUUUUUUUCCCCCCCGGACCUUCUUGCUCCGAUGGUACCUUCACGAGAGGAGCAGUGGCUGCGGACUCCAAGCUGUGCUCCGAUAUCGGCAGGGAUAUGCUGCAGAAGGGAGGCUCCGCAGUGGACGCGGCUAUCGCAGCCCUCAUCUGCACGGGUCUGGUGAACCCCCAGAGCAUGGGACUCGGAGGAGGCUCCAUCUUCACCAUCAGGGACAAGGCUGGUAAAGUGACCGUGAUCAGCUCCAGAGAGACAGUCCCCAAGACCUUCAAACCCAACCUGAUGAGCGACUGCAAAGGAAAGCAGUUUUACCAUGGCGCCCAGUGGAUCGGUGUUCCCGGUGAGCUCCGUGGAUAUAAAGCGGCCCAUGAUCGCUUUGGGAAACUGAAGUGGGAGGAGCUUUUCGCACCCUCUAUCCGAUUGGCUCGUGAGGGCUUCCCGAUGCCACCUUACCUGUUCAGUUUCAUCAGCCACCCAAUUCUAAAACCGCUCAUCAUCGGAACACAGCUCUGUGAGCUGUUCUGUCAUGCGAACAAGACGCUGCUGAGCACUAAGGAUAUUCUGCGCUACCCAAAGUUGGCAGACACCAUGGAAACCAUUGCAAAAGAGGGGGCCGAAGCCUUCUACACUGGCACCAUUGCACAUGAUAUAAUUGACGACAUCCGUGCGGCAGGUGGGUCGUUAACUCUGGAGGAUCUGAAGUCUUUUCGAGUCAGACGUGAUGAUGCGUUGAAAGUCCCUAUGGGAGAUUAUACCAUGCACAUUCCCCCACCACCAGCAGGGGGAGCCAUACUCACCUUUGUCCUCAACAUCAUGAAAGGCUACAAUCUCUCGCCGGCCUCUUUGAGUGGAAAGGAGAAAGUGCGCACAUUCCAGCGCUUUAUUGAGGCCUGCAAGUUUGCUAACGGACAGAAGAAGAAUGUGAAAGAUCCGGAGUACCACAGUGUUGACGUGUCUAACCUGAUCAAAGAGGACUUUGCCGCUAAGGUCAGAGGGCUGAUCUCAAGUGAAAAGACCCACAAUGCAUCUUACUACGACAUGACGCCAUCACGGGACCAGAUGGGGACCACUCACGUGUCGGUCAUAGCAGGGGACGGCACCGCCGUGUCCGUCACCAGCACUAUCAACCAAAUGUUUGGGUCGUUGGUCUACUCCAAGAAGACAGGCAUCAUGCUGAACAACGAGCUGGGAGACUUCUGUAAUAAAGCUUGGGACAUCAGAUCAGGUGAGCAACCGCCCUCUUCCAUGGCUCCACUGAUCCUGCGCUCCGAAUCGCGGGACAAGACUCUGGUGAUCGGCGGGUCUGGGGGCAGCCUCAUCACCUCAGCCAUGGCCCUGUCCAUAGUUAACCACCUGUGGCUGGGGAUGAGUCUUGAGGAUGCCAUCGCCAGUCCCAUUGUGUUUGUGGAUGGCGAUAACAAGGUCUCCUUUGAGAGCAAUCCUAAGGUUUUCAUAGACUUUGAUAAGGACCUGAAGGAGGACUUGCUGCGUUUGGGACACGUGGACGGGAAGUAUCCAUUCUUCCUGAACGUCGUGAACGCUGCGAUGACGGAGCGAGGCUGCAUCCGGGCGGUGUCUGAUCGCAGGAAGCUUGGGAAAGCCUCCUGUUACUGACCAGUGGCAGUCCAGUGCCUUCAUACUGACCAGUGGGAGGACCAACGCCACUUAACUGACCAGGUGGGGACUAGCGCCCCCUAAUGGAAUGUGACUCCAUUUUUAACGCACUGCUGUCCCAUGACCAGUCAACAGAUAGGGACUCUCUUGAUGGUCAGCAGCUACCCUCACCCCCCUAAUCCUACAUAUACACAGCACACAUAUACACAGAUAUACACACAGACUCAUACAUAUACACACACAUGUCCAGAAACACAUACACACUCUCUCUCCCUCUCUUAUUCUCUCUCCCUUUCUUAUUCUCUCUCUGUCUCUCUCACUCAACACACACACGCACACACACACACACACACACACACACACACACACACACAGUGUCAACACCACUUAUAGAUGCUUCUUUGACAGAAAAUGCCCCACUCUCUGUUCUGGACUCCCUUUAACUCCUGGCAGCUGAAACAUCAACCAUUAUCUGGGCGUUAUCUGGGCCUUAUCUGGGCCUUAUUGGUGCCUUAUUGGGGCUGUGUCAGGACAAGAAUCAGAGCUGGAUGUCAUUCUCUGGGCGUUCUACUAACCCUCCGACAUCCCAUAAUAGAGACUUUCUAAUGAGGAGACACAGCACUCAAAAAAUCUUCCAUAGAAAUAGUUAGUUAAUGGUUGGUUUGUAACGCCAGUAUGGCAAUUGUCUACACAUAUCCCUGCCCCUUUCUGUAAUGUAAUUAACCAACAGAAUUGUUGUCUUUUUUUAGCUUUCUUUUAGCAGAUUUAAACGCAGCAGAUUCGCCUGAUGUACUUUUAAUGCUAAUAUGAGCUCCCUUACGUUUGCCACCCCAUUCGUUUGAAUAGGAAAUAACUGCCCGGAACGUGUUACCAACAUGGCCGCCGAGUGGGGGCACUUGCCUACUAGGACUUUACCCAUAAGCCCCCACUCUGCCCACUGUUCAUCCUGUCCUGCCUCAGGUGCCGUGAAGAGCACAGCUAACAACAGCUCAGGUCUUACUAAAGUGGCAACCUCCAGCUUGCCGUACCUCUGCAGUACAUACAUGUCUAUACGCACAUGCGCAGGCACACACACAAGAAAAUCAUGCAAAACGCUCGUAAACACAAUAAAACGAACACAGCCGAUGAACUACUCAGAAAUGUGAACAAUAGAUGAUAGAACCACACACAAUUGAUGAAUCGCGCGCACGCACACACAAACACACACACACACACACACACACACACACACACACACACACACACACACACACACACACGAUACUGUGAACUCUAUUCUUGUAGACUGUAUAAAGUUUAGUAGCAAAUGGUCAUUAUUUGAGUCCAUCCUUUGAAGAACACUUUACUUGACAGUAUCGACAUAAGAGUGACAUGACACUGUCAUGACACAUGAACCCUAACCCUAAUCCUAACCUCUAACCCUAAUCCUAACCCUAACUUGUUAUGACAAAAACCGAAUGACACUUAAUGACAGAAGCGUUAUGCCAUAAACGAAUAUGACUCUUAUGUCGAUACUGUCAAGUAAAGUGUAACCGAACAUUUUUCCUAAUAUGUGUAAAUAAGGAAUUGUCACAUGCUUCAGUCGAUAGAUCAGAUACUGUCCUGUCAAUAACUCUAAAUGCACAUCAUGGAACACAUGCACCACAUAAUCACCCAACGUGCUGUGAAUUGGAAUUUUAUAGUUUUUUAUAAAGCUUUGUUUGUACUGUUGUUUUCUGUCUGUAUGUGAUUUGCAAUAUUUUUAUACUCAAUGCUUUCAUAUUUUGUACAUUUCUGUGUAGUUUUCUCUAUAAUGAAUAAAUAACAAAGUGGUAUGGAUGUA